AUGGGAUCGGAGACAGUUCACAAACUGGCUGUGAUAGAAUUCACAGACAAGAACACAAACCCUGAGACAGAAUCAUGGCCGGAGACAUGUAAAAAAGUAGUUGAUGCUCUAGAAAAAUAUGGUUGUUUUGUAGCAAUUUACGACAAACUCACCCAAGAAAUACACAAACAAGUGUUCGAAUCCUUGCAAAACCUCUUCACUCUCCCAACUCAAACCAAGGUCCAAAACAAGUCCUCCAAACCCCUCUACGGCUACGUCGGCCAGAUCCCCUUCCUUCCUCUCUUCGAAAGCAUGGGCAUCGACGACGCCCACACCAACCGAGGAAUUCAAGAUUUCUCAAACGUCAUGUGGCCUAACGGAAACCCCACCUUCUGUGAAAAUCUAGUUGCGUACACAAAGUUGGCAGCGGAACUUGACAAGGUCGUGGUGCGAAUGGUGUUCGAGGGCUAUGGUGUUGGAAAACACUACGAGUGGUACGAGGGAUCUGCCAACUACCUCUGCAGAGUGAUGAAGUACAGAGAGCCCAAGAUCGGUGAGAACAAAAUGGCAUUUGUGUCACACACAUCUUAG